AUGGAGCCCGAUCCAAUUCUUCCCUACAUUCAAUUUGAGGAGGAGGGCAUAUUUGGUAGCACUGGACAUACUGUUUCUGAUGCAUAUCCUUCUACAGCAAGUUCUUCCACCGGGGAGAGCAGUGACCCGCGCAUGGUCUGGUCCGCUACCAGAAUCCUAGGGUCAAGCAACACUAGCAGGGACUGGAUGCAACAGCAAGAAAGUUCUCCUGCGUUUGCGGAUGACCUCGAUGCAACAGGAGUUAUAUCUCCUCAGAUAGAGCAAGAUCUUCUCCAAAGCGAUCCAUUUACAGAGUUGGCUCAACCCGAUCACGAAGGAUUCUUGAAUCCCUUUUUUGAGCCAGGCAAUACCUUCACCCGUAAUCACAACAAUGCGCCUCCAUGGGCUCAUUAUGAUGAGUUGGACACCAAUCAUGUCCAUAGAAGAGCAUAUGGUCCUGAGACAGUAUAUCUGAAUGUGCCAACCUAUGUUGACCGACUCGGCUCCCGCGCCACAACGCCUGGAGGGCCUUCCGACACUGCCAGUGCAGUGAGCUCGGAAAACGUGAACACCAGACUUGAGACAAGACCACGGAGAGGUGGCCGUCAGUCUGGAAUGAAUUUGUCACGGGAAUCUGUACAAAAUAUCCGUCGGUGUUCGGAAGGGAAGCCCUGCAUAAGUUGUAGCAGUACCCAGGGACGCAAAUGGGACGGCUGCGUCCGUUCAUUCAAGGAGCUGGUAGAUGUCUUCAAACCUGAAAUUCUGGCGACGCGCCUACAACCGCAAGCCUUGACUGGCUUUAUGAGCUAUCAUACUCUACGCAGAUAUGGCCAGGACGACUUUGAUUUGCCGUUGCACUUUGGAUUCGGAAGGCCUUUUUACGGGUUCAAAGGCGCUGAAUACAAUCCGAUGACGACGGAAAUUCAAUUCUCGCAUGUCGUCGGUCCCAGCGAUCAACACCCCGAGUCAGCUCUGUAUGGAUACAGUCUCCCGAAGCCGGAGCGAUAUGGAAGGUUGGCUACGGGUUUGUUUUGGUGCAGAAGACGUUGGAUGGAUACGAGAACUUCUCCUCGUGACGUGGGAAUAUUCUGUUCAAUCUUGGAAAACACGAAAGUCCCGUCAAGACGAACUUCAGCUCGACAAAAACCUAUCCUAUACAUGGAUGUUGGCCUUGGUGACAACCAUGCUGUCGUUGCCGGUCUCUAUUCCAUCGGACGCCCAGCUUGGCGUAAUGAACAACUUGCGAUUCCUGGUGGCCGAUAA